CCACCAGUCUUUCUGGACGUCCUUGCUCUCGUUCACUCACUUGGAGUUCAGUCCCAGCCUCACACCUCCCACAUCGUCUGUCAUUUCCCUAGUUUAAUCUACUACAAUGGCCGACGAUCAGGAGAUUUCUGCUCUCGUGUGCGACAAUGGGUCUGGUAUGGUAAAGGCUGGAUUUGCUGGAGAUGACGCUCCCCGCGCCGUGUUCCCCAGCAUUGUUGGUCGUCCUCGUCACCAAGGAGUUAUGGUUGGAAUGGGACAGAAGGAUGCCUAUGUGGGUGAUGAGGCCCAGUCCAAGAGAGGAAUCCUGACCCUGAAGUACCCUAUCGAGCACGGUAUCGUCACCAACUGGGAUGAUAUGGAGAAAAUCUGGCACCACACCUUCUACAACGAACUUCGUGUGGCUCCCGAGGAGCACCCGGUGCUGCUUACCGAGGCUCCUCUUAAUCCCAAGGCUAAUCGCGAGAAGAUGACUCAGAUCAUGUUUGAGACGUUCAACGUGCCUGCUAUGUACGUCGCCAUCCAGGCCGUGCUGUCUCUCUAUGCCUCCGGUCGUACCACAGGUAUCGUCCUUGACUCUGGUGAUGGUGUGUCUCACACCGUCCCGAUUUAUGAGGGUUAUGCGCUCCCCCACGCCAUCCUUCGUCUGGAUCUUGCUGGUCGUGACCUGACGGAGUAUCUGGUUACCAUUCUGACGGAGAGAGGGUACUCCUUCACCACCUCCGCAGAGAAGGAGAUUGUCCGUGACAUUAAGGAGAAGCUAGCCUAUGUGGCCAUUGACUUCGAGCAAGAAAUGCAGACUGCUCAAAGCUCCUCUUCCCUCGAGAAGAGCUACGAGCUUCCGGAUGGUCAGAUGAUUACCCUCGGUUCCGAGAGGUUCAGGUGCCCUGAGGUGUUGUUCAACCCUUCACUGGUUGGUAAGGAAGCUUCUGGCAUUCACGAGACAUGCUACAACUGCAUCAUGAAGUGCGAUGUCGAUAUCCGAAAGGAUCUGUACGGCAACAUUGUGCUGUCUGGUGGUACCACCAUGUUCCCUGGCAUUGCUGAUCGUAUGACCAAGGAAAUCACCCAGCUUGCGCCUAGCACCAUGAAGAUCAAGGUCGUUGCUCCUCCUGAGCGCAAGUACAGUGUCUGGAUCGGUGGCUCGAUUCUCGCGUCCCUGUCUACUUUCCAGCAGAUGUGGAUUGCGAAGAGCGAGUAUGACGAGUCUGGCCCAUCCAUUGUGCACAGGAAGUGCUUCUAAGCAAGUUUGUUUCCAAUGUGGUCGUUAGUGUAUUCCGGGGGGACAUGUAGACUAUAGGAUGUACCGCCUAUUUUGUGAACUUCAGUAGCUUUUGCCUGUGCUAUGGCCAGAACCGAUGUAUCGAGCUUUCUUGAAGCUUGUCCAUGUAUUGGCAACUUUCUAAAUUUUGCCUGUCCAUGUAGAAUAAAUUCCCUUCUUGUUAAGAUACAAGAAGCUUAUAAACAUUAACGAGCCAU